AUGUUGCAACAUUUGGAUGGCCAGAACUUUGGUUCAGGCUCCUCCAAGAGCCACCUUGUCGGGCCAGGACUCUACAGUCUAUUUAGAACCUACAGGCCAGUGGCUGACGACAACUCUCGGGAUGAAAAGCUUGUGUCCUUUGAUAACCAAGAUGAGUGGGGUCAGAUGACCACCCAGACGGAGGAAGCGGCCAUCACAGAGGAGGACCUGGAACUCAUCAAGGAGAGAGAAACCAACAUCAGACAGCUGGAGUCUGAUAUCAUGGAUGUAAACCAGAUCUUCAAGGACCUGGCUGUGAUGAUUCAUGACCAGGGAGAGAUGAUUGAUAGCAUCGAGGCUAACGUGGAGAAUGCUGAAGUUCACGUAGAACGAGGAACAGAGCAGCUGCAGAGAGCUGCUUACUAUCAGCAAAAGUCCCGGAAGAAGAUCUGCAUCCUGGUUAUGGUCUGCUCCAUCGUGCUCGUCAUACUCGCCAUCAUCAUCUGGUGGGCGUCCAAAUGAGCCGAUGUCACGCAACCAAUGUAAUCGAUUCAGUCCCCUCCCACCUGCUUGGAAUCAAAAGAACAGUAAGAAAAGGCUCAUCCCUGUACCAAGAUCAGUGGAGCACGUCUACAAAGGGCUUGUCAAUGUGGAAAUUGUAGUUAUCUGAAAUAAUCAAGCCUUUGUGUUCCUUUAAGAACUGUAAGAGGUAAUUUAGGAGAACGAGGACUGGGUUGGUGCA